AUGGGUGAUAGCGACUCGGAUACAAUUGGCAAUCUUCUUGAAGGCAUUGACGAUUUGGAUGAUGAAUUAUUCGGUCGUAAAAAGAAACAGGAACAAAAUAUCAGUAAACUGAGCGAUAAAUUUUUUGAAAAAACAAGUGGGAAAGGAACACAAAUGAGCAGAAAUCCAGAGUUUACUGAGGAUUCAAGAAGGCGUACCAGUCGGCUGAAAUCAACUUUUGAGGAACUCGAUUUUGGAGCACCCGGAAGGAAACCUACUGUAUCCUUUCUAGAUGAGAAAUCUGACAUUACAACAAAGCGACCUACAACUGGUUUGAAUACCAUUCUAUUUAAUGAAACAAAAGCUACUGGUCAACCUAUUUCGUCAGAUAAAGAGGAUCUCUUUCUUUUGCAGCAACAACGAUUGGAAAAUGAAAUAAAAAGAUUAAAUAGCGAAAUUAAUGAUUUAAUAAGUCGUAAAAAAAAGGACGAAGAGGAAAUUGUAAAGGAAUGGAAGAAUAAAAUAGCGGCAGCGAAGGAAGAAUAUGAGCGUUCACUUCAAGAAAUUGAUAAUUCGAAGAGUAAUCACGUAAAUCGAAUUGAUAAGGAGUAUAAUGAACUGAUAUCGCGAAUGAAACAAAACUUCGAGCAACAACUGGAAACGAUAGGAACAGUAGGAAUUAAAGCGAGAAAUUGUGAGGAAAUAAUGGCAAAAAUUGAGAAUGUUACGGAUAGAAUUGGACAAAUAACAACGAAUAUUUCAGCGAUAAAUGAAGCAAAUUUAGAAAAUAGGCAUUCUUCUUUAGCAGCGAAGGAAAAUGAUUUGCUUCUAAAAGAGCAAAGACUACUCGAUGAACAAAACAGGCUGAUGGAUGAAAAAAAGAAAGUUGAAGAGCUGAAUUUCAAGCUAAGAUCGCUUUGUGAGCAAAACGAAAUGUUUCUUCUAAAGGAAAAAUGGCAAAUUCGUGAAGAACGUAAUAGAUUAAACGCUGAAAAACAAGCGUUUAAAGAUGAUCAAAAACAAAUCAUUGAUUUAAUUGAAAAACAAAAACUCGAAACCGAAACAUCUCGGGAAAAUUUUCUUCGCGAACAACAUGAUUUACUCGUACGUGUUAUGGCGGAAAAGGCAAGGCUUGACGAAGAAAAAUCGUCGUUCUACGUGCAAAGAGAAAGUGAUAUUCGAAGAUUAAAAGUUGAAGCUGAAAAUCUCGAACAAAAAUUAGAAGAGAUUCUUGAAAAUGCUAAAAGUUGUUUAAUGGAAACGCGAAAAAUUUAUGAAACUAAAUAUUAUCAACUUGUUGAGCUCGAGCAAACCUUAAUCGACGAAUGUUUAGAACUUGAAAAUUGUAGAGAACAGUUAGAAAAUUCAUAUAAAAGGCGAGAACAAAAUAUCUUUGACGAUUCUUCACCACCGUUCGAUCCACAUAUUAUGCCAACUAACAUAAAUCAAUCCGCUGGUAUUGCUUUAAACCGAAGGAAUAACGAUAAGCUACGCGAUAUUUUGAAAAAUCAUUCUGAAAAGCUCGAGCAAUAUAUCUCACCAUCAACCAGCAAAGCUAGUGAUAACAAAACUUGA